AGGCUACAUGGUGGUGGGUGAGGUACACAACGGUACAAUGAUGUGACUACCAUGGCGGGGUGACAUGACCUCUGACACGUCAUGGACCAAUACCUCGAUUCUCCUUCUUCUACAACCUCGAUUCUCUUCUUGCUGUUGCUAAUUCGGAGUAUCGCAAUGGAUAGCACCAACAUUCACGAGACCGAGGUCGUGCAGGGCGAAGAAGGUAAUCCCUCUUCUUUUUCACGUGUUUCUACUGAUCCCUCGCGAAGGGUCUGACACUCAAUCAGAACCGCAAUGUACCGCACGUAUUACGGAAGCGAUGAGCCGCUUGGGCUUCCGAGGUGUGGGCGUGGCGUAUACCGUGAUUGACUGGGCAGAGAUGUGGGGUGAUCAGCCCGCGCCCAGUGACAACCUUCUUAGGGGGCCUGAUCACGCGUCCAUUUACGGGUAUCAGGACGUGCUGAGAAUAGUGCGUGGGUUAGGCUUGCCCCCCCAUUGGCAGUACGCGGUCCCGUCCGCACGAAGUAUGGUUGGGAACUGUCCCGCGGGGUGGUUUGGGGUAUAUACCGAGUAUUGGGUGAUGGGGUUCAAAUUCCCCAUCGACCCCUUGCUCUGCGCCCUGUACCGGCGUCUCAAUUGUUCAGUUGGGCGCCUUUCUCCGUCGGUGAUAAUGCACGCGAGCUGCCUCCGUCUCGCGUGCAAGAGGCUUAAGAUCGAGCCGACUUACGGCUUGUUCCGUAAGUUUUAUAAGAUAAAGGAUCCUACGAGGAGGAGCGAUUGCCUUUCUAUCAAGCGGCGCGACAAGAGACCUGAGGGUUUCGUGUAUGGGUCUCCCAAGUUGAAAAAGACUUGGUUUGAGCGGUUCUUUUAUGUUAAACCGACUCCCGGGGAGUGGGCGAGCGAAUUUGUGGCGGAGCCGACGGAGUGGAAGAAGGGCGGCACGGUUGGGUAUGAGUCGGAUCUGGGGCAUUACGCUGAGCUCAAUGAUGAGUACGAAGCGUGCAUGCAUCAGAAGUUCAACUUAUACGAUGGCGGAGUUGUUUGAACCUAACUGAGUGUAGGAGUGAGGUUCACUGUAAUGGGUCAAGAAGAAUGAACGGCUUGGUUGAACAAGAACUAUGAGACGAAUGAGAGGAAAGAAAGAGUUGCGAGUCUAUAUUUUAGUGAGAUAAAGUGAUGAUCUUAGAGAUAGAGUCUGAAAAAUCCGAUCCCCUCACCCACCGGAGUAAAUGCCAUAUUUAUAGGCUACAUGGUGGUGGGUGAGGUACACAACGGUACAAUGAUGUGACUACCAUGGCGGGGUGACAUGACCUCUGACACGUCAUGGACCAAUACCAUAUCCCUAGGGACGACAAGACCCUCGGCCAUGACUAUACCUAGGACUAUGAUGUUGACUACUCUAGGGCUAUGAUGAUGACUACCCUUCGGGUGACGCGGCGCCGCUAUUACACUUCUCGUUGAGGGCCGUUUGGAGUUUACGCGCGAGCUUUCCAGGCCAUUCUCCGUACUCGAGCGCCAGUACUCGCGCGCCGGCUUUGGCGCGGUCGUCUUUGGCGCGAUCAUCCUUAGGUAUUUCCGAGUCACAUCCCCAACAUAACAUUUUACGUUUGAUUAAUCGUUACCGUCAAGUAGAAGAAGAGUGAGCUGUAUUUUAAAAAGGUUCUAGAGCUUCCCUCAUAAAUAGGUAUGGCAAUG